AUGGAGUCAUCUUUCUCAUUCGGAGUGAUCCUUGCUAUCCUGGCCUCCCUCAUUAUUGCUGCUAAUGCCCUAGUGGCCAUGGCUGUGCUGUCGUUGAUCCACAAGAAUGAUGGUGUAGGUCUCUGCUUCACCUUGAAUCUGGCUGUGGCUGACACCUCGCUUGGCCUGGCCAUCUCUGGCCUAGUCACAGACCAGCUCUCCAGCCCGGCUCGGCCCACACAGAAGACCCUGUGCAGCAUUCGGAUGGCAUUUGUCACUUCUUCUGCAGCUGCCUCUGUCCUCACGGUCAUGUUGAUUGCCUUUGACAGGUACCUUGCCAUCAAGCAGCCCCUCCGCUAUUUCCAGAUCAUGAAUGGGCUCAUGGCCGGGGCCUGCAUUGCCGGGCUGUGGUUGGUGUCUUACCUCAUUGGCUUCCUCCCACUCGGGGUCCGCGUAUUCCAGCAGACCGCCUACAAGGGGCCCUGCAGCUUCUUCGCUGUGUUUCACCCGCGCUUCGUGCUGACCCUCUCCUGCGUUGGCUUCUUCCCAGCCCUGCUCCUCUUUGUCUUCUUCUACUGUGACAUGCUCAAGAUUGCUUCCAUGCACAGCCAGCAGAUCCGCAAGACGGAGCAUGCAGGAGCCCCGGCUGGGGCUCACCGGCCCCCACGGACCCCCAGUGACUUCAAGGCUGUCCGCACUGUGGCCGUUCUCAUUGGCAGCUUCACUCUGUCCUGGACCCCGUUCCUUAUCACUAGCAUUGUGCAGGUGGCCUGCCAGGAGUGCCACCUCUACCCAGUGCUGGAACGGUACCUGUGGCUGCUUGGUGUGGGCAACUCCCUGCUCAACCCACUCAUCUACGCCUAUUGGCAGAAGGAGAUACGGCAACAGUUCUCCCAGAUGGCCCUGGGAAUGAAGAAGGGGCUUGCCGCAUUCCUCCUCCUUCUCUCGGCCAGGGAUGGUGGCCCACAGGGGCCCAGGGAAAGUGCCCGUCACAUCACCACCGUCUCCCACUCAGAGCUUAAUGGCUAA